CAUCCGUCUGUCCAUCCACUGUCUGUCCAUCUACCCAAGGGAGGCAGCAUGGGCACGGUCGGCACAAUGCACGCGCAGAGGCUGCUGGGACUGGUGCUGCUGAUGGUGUCGGUGGGUUCCCUGCCCAGUCUGAGGCCCGCCACCACCCCAGCCCUGUGGAGCUCCUCGGGCAGCCCUGUUUUGUGCCUCCUGCCCCGUGCUGAGGCAGAGCUCCGGUGCCGUGUCCCGGGAGGCCCACUGUGCAGUGGCAGGGGCAGGUGCGACUGCGGGGUCUGCAUCUGCCAAGUGACGGAGGCUGGCAAAUAUUAUGGGCCGCUGUGCGAGUGCCAAGACUGGGUGUGUGAGAUCUACGACGGGAAGGUCUGUGGAGGCCAUGGAAAGUGUGACUGUGGGAAGUGCAAAUGUGAUGAAGGCUGGUAUGGUGAAGCUUGUCAGUAUCCAACUACUUGCAAUCUUACACGGAAGAAAAGCAAUGAAAUGUGUAAGAAUUCUCAAGAUAUCAUCUGCUCUGGUGCAGGUACAUGUCAGUGUGGCAGGUGUAAAUGCAUAAACUCAGGAGGAAGUGGACUGGUCUAUGGUAAAUUUUGUGAAUGUGAUGACAGGGAAUGCAUAGAUGAUGAAACCGAAGAGAUUUGUACAGGCCAUGGACAGUGUUACUGUGGAAACUGUUACUGUGAGGCUGGUUGGCAUGGAGAUAAAUGUGAAUUCCAGUGUGACAUCACCCCUUGGGAGAUCAAGAAAAGAUGCACAUCUCCAGAUGGCAAAAUCUGCAGUAAUAGAGGCACAUGUGUAUGUGGGGAAUGUACUUGUCAUGAUGUGGAUCCAACUGGAGACUGGGGAGAUAUUCAUGGAGACACUUGUGAGUGUGAUGAAAGAAACUGCAAAGCAGUGUAUGAUAGAUAUUCUGAUGACUUCUGUUCAGGUCACGGACAGUGUAAUUGUGGAAAGUGUGACUGUAAAGAGGGAUGGACAGGGAAGAAGUGUGAACAUCCACGGUCUUGUCCAUUGUCAGCUGAGGAAAGUGUGAAGAAAUGCAAAGGAAAUUCUAAUUUACCUUGCUCUGGAAGAGGAAAAUGUGAAUGUGGGCAAUGCACUUGUUUCCCUCCAGGAGACAACAGAGUCUAUGGAAAAAACUGUGAAUGUGAUGAUCGGCAGUGUGAAAGUGCGGAUGGCAAUGUCUGUGGGGGCCACGGCAUCUGUUCAUGCGGCCGAUGUGUUUGCCAGGAAGGGUGGUUUGGAAAGUUGUGCCAGUAUUCAAGGAAGUGCAACAUAACAGAAGAGGAGAGCAGAAGUCUCUGCGAGUCUGCGGAUGGUGUAUUAUGCUCAGGAAAGGGUUCCUGUCACUGUGGAAAGUGCAUCUGUUCACCACAGGAAUGGUACAUUUCAGGUGAUUUUUGUGAAUGUGAUGACCGAGACUGCGACAAACACGAUGGUCUCAUUUGCACAGGUAACGGUGUUUGUAACUGUGGAAACUGCGAGUGCUGGGAAGGAUGGAAUGGAAACGCUUGUGAAAUCUGGCUGGGAACAGAAUACCCUUAACAAAGGACACCAGAGACUGAGGGUUCUUCUAGUUUGAUUUUUCUUUAGGCUGCUAGAACAUUUAAUUUUGGAAGUACUCAGAGUGUGGGUGUGGGUGUGCAUGGUUGUAAAUACUCUGGAACUGUCAUGUGAAUGCCAGCUCCUUAGAGAAAUGAAUAGCAAAACAAAACAAAAACAAUAACAAGAACAAACAAAUCAUUUGGGAGCAGGACAGCACAAGCUCUAAAAACUAAAAUCAUUUAAAAAAAAAUGGCCCUCCACAUUUUUUUGAUAACUUCAGUGAGGCUGAGAUUGCUCCCAUUAUGUCUGUUUCUUAAGCAAUCUUUGCGCAAAAUGAAAGUCAUUUGUUUUUACAUUAUACGUUCAGUUUUCAAAUCUCCAUAUCAAUAUGCAACAGUAUUCCUGUAGAAGAAUAGCACUACAAGUAUUUGUCAGGUACUUCAUUUGAUAUAUUUUAUGGAGUUUGUCAAAAACAUUGUUUGACUCUUUUCUUUCCAAACAUCCAGAUUAUGCCCCAGCUCCAGAAGAAGCAUUAAAGCAAUUUAUCAAGUUUUUGUUUGUUUGUUUGUUUGAUUGAUUUUUUGGUCAAAGAAUUGAGAAUUGAAUCUGUGUAACUGACGUUCCAUUACCCCACAGCCAUUGGCUGAAGACUCAAAAUGUUUGAAGAGAUCCUUGUCCACAAGAUAACUUCUGAUUUUCUAUGGUUAAAGAGUCAAUAACUCGGUUAUCCAUUUUAACAUUCUACAAUACAGCCAAAUGCAUAACCUAUAGAAGUAUAAGGAAUUAAACUAAUAAAUGUAUGAUUAGCUAUUCCAAAUAUGUAUCCUGCCACUCAUAUGUACUUUUCUCAUACUGUUUUAUAUAUGUAUAGUUGCCUAGUCCUCUUGAAAGUAAAGCAAUGAAAAUUUCUUGUACUAAUAACUUUUAGGAUGACAACUCUGUAUGCUAUCAGAAAUCACUGUUUGGAACAGAUUGCACUGUCACAUAUGGUCUUCACCGAAUUUCACUGUUUUCAAAGUCAGAGGCCUGAAGGUCAACUGACUUGAAA